GCGGAUUUUAAUCUUGCAAGUUUAAAAAACCAGCGCGCUUAUCCUGAUCGAAGUUGGCGUCGGUGAAACGGACAAGAAAUGCAUCAACACGAGAUUAAAGAUGAAAACAAGGAUAGCCCAGCGGACAUCAAAUCGGCAGCUUCAAAUCGCAAUCCGAAAUGUACGCGCUGCAGAAAUCACGGUAUUUUGUCCGAGCUUCGCGGGCACAAGCACCAGUGUCGAUUUAAAGACUGUGCUUGUGUGGACUGCAGAACCGUAGCCGAAAGGCAGCGACUAACGGCGGCGAGAAUUGCGCUGUUUCGACAACAGAAGGGAAAUGAAGCUGACAUGAUAGUCAAUACUUCGGAUCUGGCGCAGAUGGAAGCGAGUUUAAUAAACGGCUGGAUGAACGGCGGAGAAGAACAUCGAGAAGCCGGCCUCUUAAAACGCAAAAACAGCAGUGGACGAGAUCCCAGUAACAGUAACAGCCCUGAGAGUUCUGACAGUGAUUACAGCAAUGGCGCAUCUUCAGUCUCCAAGAGACUCCACGUUGAUAAUCCCCUGACACUUCCCACGGCUACUCCAUCCCCCACGGAUAUCCUCACAAGGGCUUUCCCCGAUCUAUCCUCCGCGGUGCUGGAGCACGUGUUAAAAGGUUGCAGCGGUAAUGUGCUUCAAGCUAUAGAAGUCAUAGUGCAGUACAACGCAAGUAGACCACUGACAAACGGAAUGCUUGGUCAGUCGAAUAUAUUGCCGGCUCAACCUCCGAGUGAUAAUAAUACCCAGGCUCCUCCUCCUCCACCACCACCUCAAGUCCAGGUACCGACGUCUGGAUCCAUGCCCCCGCUUUUUAAAUUUAACUACGUCAACGGACAAUACAGAUAUCUCAUGCCGCCAUCUUUGAUGCCUCUGACGUCAUACAUGCUCCCUCCCCCUAACGGCCUUGGACUUCCGUUUCAUCAGUUUCCGGUCGACUUACAGAAUCACCCGUUCAAGCCAGCAGAUUGCGCACCCGCACCGGAACCGGAAGUGAAUGGAGAUAAUGUUUCCGGAGACACGAAACCUGUUAUCAAUGGGUAUACCACGGGAAUAUGCAAAGCAUGCGGACAGGAAACUAAUCAAGACGAAAGUUUAUGUGCAAACUGUUCGGCGUCCUUCCAUCGCAAAUAAACACUUCAAUUAUAUGUCAUCUUUAUUUUUUAAGAUUUUUUAAAAUAAGAAUUUUUAUGAAUGAGUUAAUCUCAUUGGGAGAUUUUAUGACAUUUUUAUAAGAGUAAAUUUCGUAAUGUGGAUUUCCACUGUAAAAGUAAAUAUUGUUUAUAAGGUAAAUGCCAUCGCAAAGAGUGUGCUAGUUUUUAUUUAUAAAAAGC